CUUUUCCUUGCUUUCUCACCAUUUCCCCUCUCAUUAUUUCCUCAUCGAAAUGGAAAUGCUCAGGUGGAAAUUGGGCCCUUGCAGCAUUUCCAGCUAAGGAGAUGCCAUUUCUCUGGGGGCUGCUGUGGGAAGGUGUCAAAAACCAAAACCUGCUUAAAGCUGCUAGUUCUCUGGAGGCUCUCGCCCGGGUCUGGGGGUGCAGUCCUGCAAAAAUAGGGGCGCGGCCCAGUCCAGGUGGAAGCUGGCCCUUGCUAAGUUGGGAAGGACCCCAGUGAAAAGCAAAUGCACUUGGAAUAAAACCUCAGCUUGAUUCAGAACUCUUUGUCUUUCCAGUUUGGUGUUGCUCUAGCUGGGGAUGAUGGGAGUUGUGGGAUCAUAGCUGGGGAUGAUGGGAGUUGUAGCCCAACACAUUGUGAGGGUGCCAGCUUGGAAAAGGUGCUUUGAAAUGUCUGAGGUUUGAGAAGUGUGGGGUUUGUUAGACCUUGGCACCUGCUAGAGCCAAAGUGCUGGCAGGAUUUAAUCUUACAUCCUUAAUGCACUCAGUCAAUCUGCCCUUCCAGGCUCUUUUUGCACCCAGAACUGUGGGGAGAAUUAGGACAGCGGGUUGAACGAAUGGCAGGUGAAGUGGGGAAUGUGGUUGUGUUUAAAUCUGGCUGGAGAGAGACUUCCCCUCAGCCCCGUUUUUAAGCAACGACAAAGAAUCUUGUGGUACCUUAACCUCCAACAAAUAUAUUCUGAAAUAAACUUUGAAAGGCACGGUUUGCAACAUCAAAUGCAUGCAGUGUUCCGCUCGGAGCGAGAGAUCUGUGUGCAUGUGCGGGGUGGAGACUGAAAUGUAAAAACUGCAGUGGGCGAUAAUCGCUUUAACAGUUGGUUGUUUGAUGGUGGCUGAUAACACAGAUAUUAACUCCUAAUGGUAAGCAGCUUUAACCAAUGCCCGGAUUAACCCCCUCUUCCCACCUUUGCCCUUGUUCAAACCAGGAAGCAGAAUUGCCUGAUGAAUCGGACUUCUGCAAUCUCACGCUGAGCUCUCUCUUUGCCAGACAUUUUUGCAAGAAGGGCCACUUGUCCUAGGAAGUUGAAAUGCCCCCACACCACACCCACUGCUUCUGGAACGAUGUCCGUCCUGAGCUCGGAUUGGUGUGUGUUACUGCUUUGUGUAGGGACUGGCCCUUUGGAGCCAGUAGGAAAUGUUGCCAAGGGCCGGCUUAAGUGCCACUGAAGGAUGGGGACCGGGCCGAACCCCCGGUGCCGUGGGUAGCAGGUUGCCAGAUAGAUGAGGGGCCAGGGGGAGCAAAACUGCCCCAGGGUCUGGUUUCCGUGUGUGCUGGACGGUAUCCCUUGGCCGGAGUCGUGCCGGGCCCAGAUUUUUCCUGGGCCUUGGGCUGGCCUUGUUGAUCUGUUUUGCAGCGGAUUGAGCAAUGCUUGUGGUCGGAGGAAUGUCUGAUGUCGAUCCUGAGGCUGCGGGUCGCUGUUUGUCUCCUUGAGGUUGUGGUAGUGUCCCGUUGGUUCAAAGGAGGUUGCAGGCGUUUGAAAUGCAGCAAAUUGUUUGUAGGCGACAGAUGGGAUCUUUGGCAAGCGGCUAAGACUGGAGGAAAAGCAACGGCGCUUGAGAGAGCUGGUAUUCAUCCAGGAGCCGUUGCACUGGUUGCUUUCUUACAAAUAUAUGACUCUCUUCAGCCAACCAGCAGAAACUUUCCUGCCCCUUCCAGGUGCUCUGCCUCUCAGGGGAGAUGAGAGCCCAUGAGGCUGGGCUGCUGUGGUGUUGCAUGGGAAGUUUUCCUUCCCGAUGGCCAUGUGUUCGUUAGAUGUCUGAAUCUGCUCCCUGCCUCUCAUUUCCCCUGAGAUGAAGAUUGAAAGAGAGCUCAACUGUCUCAAAAGCGGCCGCAGAACAUGCAGCUGGGAGCUGGGGAAGAGCCCCUCCUUCCGCUGACUCCUCACUCUGCCCCUCGCAGAUGACUGCCCAGCCGGCCACGCGGGGUCGGGUCGGUGCUGCCGCCAAGAGCACGACAAGCCAUCCUGGACUCCACAAUGCCUGUUCCAGAAGGAAAAACACAACCCGUCCACCCUCUAAUCGAUGCUGGAGAAGUGGGACGGCAGAAGCUGCGUUUCUGCACAUGGCGGAGCAAUGCCCCAUCCGCUCUGUCCGAAACACCCCAUUCCUGUUUAAAGAAGCCAGUGCAUUGCUGAGUUGCGUCCCCCAUGCUGGAAGCUCUCUUCUAGCCACCACAAUUGGGCUACACGAGCCCCCAGGGGGCUGAGGCGCCUAUGAUGGGGUGGAGAGACGCAUCAUCUCCCUCCGCCAUGCCUGGACUGAGGGCCUCCCAGCCUGGCACUGCAAGAGGGAGCAGACUUAGCGACAGUAACUUUAUCCUAGUGGCCCUUCGCUGCACCGAUUCCAACCUGGCUACAUCCCUCUUGUAAUGAGGGGCCCAGAAUUGGGCACGAUCCUCCAGCUGUGGUAACACCAGAGUUGCAUAGAGUGGCAGUAAUACCUCUCUCGGUCCAGAAGCCCGGCUAACUGUGAACAUAUGUGCGCAAACCUCGUCGAGUCUUCACAACAGAGGGGAGAAGAUAAGGUGGGGGGGCUGCUGGUUCAGGUCGAGGUUGGUCCAAGCUGCCCAGUGACCCCCAGAAAGCUCACAAGUGGGGCAGGAAUCCCCACACGUUCCCAGGCCUGAUGCCAUGUGAAGAUCUUGCUCCUGGAUGGUCUUCCUGCUGCUAAAACCCGUACACAAACCAGCAGGGAUGGCCAGACACUUUUCUGUCUGGAAGGCUUUGUCUCCUGGGAUUACAGGCUCCAUCACCGCCCCGCGGAGACAUGGUGGUGACUGUCGAGGGUCAGGAGCUGGUUCUGGAGCUGGAAAAAAACCAGAUCACUGCUACUACCACGGCCAAGUCCGAGGGCACAGCGGCUCUUGGGUGGUGCUAAGUACGUGUUCCGGAAUCAGCGGCCUGAUCGCUCUCAGCCACAACAACAGCUAUUACCUGAAACCCCCAGCACACCCAGAGUCGGCAGCUCACACCAUCUUCAGGGCGGAGCACUUGCCCAUCAGAGGUGGGACCUGUGGACACGGUGACCCCCUGCAAAGCAGCGUGGCAGAUGUCGCCAGAUCCUUCGAAGCAGCGGUGCCCCGGCGGAAAAGGAGGGAUGCCUGGAGAACCCUGAAAUACAUGGAGCUCUUCAUCGUUGCAGACUACACCCUGUUUACAACCCAAAACAAUGAUUUGGGGCGCACGAAGCAGCGGAUCCUGGAGAUCGCUAAUUAUGUAGACAAGUUUUACAGGUCCCUGAACAUCAAGGUGGCCCUGAUUGGUCUUGAAGUGUGGACCAAGGCGGACCAGUGUGCCGUGAGCAGCGAUGCCCACGCCACCCUCGUGUCUUUCCUGCAGUGGAAAAAGUCCCUGAAGUCUCGGAAGAAGCACGACAACGCUCAGCUCCUGACUGGCGUGACCUUCAAGGGGACGACCAUCGGCAUGGCCCCACUGGAGGGCAUGUGCAGUGCGGAAAACUCUGGCGGUGUGAGCAUGGACCACUCGGAGCUGCCCAUUGGCGCUGCCGCCACCAUGGCCCACGAAAUCGGCCACAACUUUGGCAUGAGCCACGACAGCGAGGGCUGCUGCGUCGAAGCCACGGCGUCUCAGGGCGGCUGUGUCAUGGCCGCUGCCACGGGCCACCCUUUCCCCAAGGUGUUCAGCUCCUGCAGCCGGAGGCAACUCGACGGCUACUUCCAGAGGGGUGGCGGGAUGUGCCUCUUCAACAUGCCCAACACCAAGGACCUGGUGGUGGGCAAGAAGUGUGGCAAUGGCUUCCUGGAGGACGGGGAAGAGUGUGACUGCGGCGAGGUGGAGGAGUGCCGGAGCCCCUGCUGCAAUGCGCACAACUGCACGCUGAAGGCGGGAGCCCAGUGCGCGCACGGAGACUGCUGUGAGGACUGCAAGCUCAAGGAGGCCGGGGCCAUGUGCCGAGAGCCCGCGGGCACCUGUGACCUGCCCGAGUACUGCACGGGGGCUUCGCCGUACUGCCCCACCAACGUGUACCUGCUGGACGGGUCGCCCUGCGCCCACGGGGAGGCGUACUGCUACAACGGCAUGUGCAUGACGCACCACCAGCAAUGCAUCCAUCUGUGGGGGCCAGGUGCCUCGCCGGCUCCCGACGCCUGCUUUGAGGAUGUCAACAGGGCCGGAGACAUGUACGGCAACUGCGGCAGGGACCGGCACGGCCAAUACGUGAAGUGCGCCCGGAGAGAUGCCAAAUGUGGGAAGAUCCAGUGCCACAGCUCCGCGAUCAAACCGAAAGGGACCAACACCAUCUCCAUGGACACCACCAUCCGGCUCAACGGGCGGGAGAUCAAGUGCCGGGGGACGCUGGUGUACACCACCAAGGACGACUCGGGGGACAUGGCCGACCCGGGCUUGGUGAUGACGGGGACCAAGUGCAGCGAAGCGAUGGUGUGCAAGGACCAGCGGUGCCAGAAUGCCUCCUUUUUCGAGCUGGACAAGUGUGUCACCAAGUGCCACGAGCAUGGGGUCUGCAACAGCAACGGGAAUUGCCACUGCAACGCGGGGUGGGCCCCUCCGUUCUGUGAGAAGCCCGGCCUGGGGGGCAGCGUGGACAGCGGCCCGGUGCAGUAUGACAGCCACAAAAGCACCUGGAUAGGUCUGGCGAUGGUCCUCUUGGCGUGCCUGGUCACGAUCCCGGUCGCACUCUACGUCUGCAACAGAAAGGAGCGCUCCUUCUUCUGGAAGACGAGCAAAGCCUUCAGGAAAAACCGUGAGGCCUGCCGGAACGGAGACGUCCGUCAGAAGGCUGACUGUGGCCACCAGAACUCCGCCUUCACCCUGCAGACCGUUGUGGCCCCUUCCUCCGGCAAAGCUGUGGGCAGAAGCUCCAGCCAGGCCACGAGGAGCAUGCCCGUGCUUAAACCAAGCCCCCAUCAGAGCGCGUCCCACCCGGUCAACGUCGUCCGCCCUCUCCGUCCUCCACCCAGCCCGGCCGUGCCUCUUCCGAAAGAUUUCAAGCCCUCCAGACCGCCACCGCUGCCUUCCGGCAAAUCCCCCCACCCCGCCGUUCCCACCAAAGCGACUCCGGCUGCGCAAGCCAAGCUGCCUCCGCCGAAGAAACCCCUUCCCAGCAGCCCUGCCAGGACCCACUGGGUCGAUCUGAAACAGCGGCCCCCCCGCAAGCCCCUCCCGGGGAACCCCCUUCUGGCGAAAGAGCGGCCGUCAGCUCAGGGGCAGGCCUUGCUGGUUAUGGUGCCUCCCUCGAACUCCAAGGCGGCCGCCGGCGUCUCCUCGGGCCACUUCUGCAAGCCACUCAAGCCCUCGCCACCGCAGAGACCUGCCCCGGGCUUGAAAGUCCAGUCCGCUUCCUUCCCCUCGAGGAAAUGACCACGGUGGAAUCGGGGCCGCGGACCUUCGGCAGACGCCUCCUUCCUGAUUUGCACUACUGCACUCAAGCAGGGACUUUCGCUACCAAAGACUGUUUCGUUUCGUUUUUGAAGAAAAGUCACGGUCGUUUCCACUAACGAUGACGAAGGAUGUGGAGGGGCUGUGGAUGGGGGAAGCAGCGCUCCCCUGCGGGCACGGGGAUCGGGGGGCGGCGAGCCUCGGGGAGCGGCGGAGAAAGCCCGUUGCGGCCCUUCUGUGAAUGGUGGGCUGCGCCGCUGCCCGUCGGGGCUUGCGUUCCCGCACCUAGGGCGUCAGGUCUCCGGAGGGCCCGGUCCUGAUCCACGGAAGCCGCCCGAAAGCGGUGGGCCACACUUAGCUACCUCCUCCUCUGACGGAGCCUCAGAGGACCCCCCCCCCUUCCUCGCUGGAUUCCCAAGCGCUCCAUGCUGUCCUCCGGAGCUGCUGUCCCGGGACCCCAGCUUUCCCAAGUGCCUGGCGUCCCCGGCAUGGGGCCGCCUGUUCCGGCUCGGUGCCCCUCUCCCGCGUGCGGGACUACAGUCCCAAUCAUCCUCGGCCAGCACGGCCAGGAUGGGAGCUGUGGUGUGACAUACGCAGAGGGGGAAAGACAGGAGAGCUGCAUUUCUGUGCAAGCGCUUUGCCACAUGGCUGCCCAUUGCAGAAACGGCCGCCGGGGGGGCCGUGUGGGGUCUGGAUUGGGACCCCGUGGAGUGAGGCUACCUCUGCGGGUGGAUCGUGUCGGGGCUCAUGGAAUUUCCGCCAGAAAAGCCACCUGGGGGCAAGUUCCCUCUCCGCCGUCCGCAGCCACGUACCCUAGUCCUGAUCAAGGCCUCGCAGGGUGGCAAUUCCGGUUAAAACAACCCGGGGUGGGCAGGUCCCCUCAUCUUUUCGAGGUGACACCCCCCCUCGUACCUGUUUACAUGCCCCCAGUUCACGGCUGCCACUCUGCGCCAGCGGCCACCGUUGCCUCACGCAAACAGCGCUGCCGCGGCAGGGAUCCCCCCACUGGUUGGGGGUCGCGCAUCGGUGAGGUGCGCUGCUCUGUUUGUGGGGAACGGGGGCAGGCCCGGGGCAAGGAGACCAGGCGAGCCGCCACGAGCUGGGAGGGGGCUCGGCGCGUGGAUAGGGCUGGAGUGGCCGAGCGAUGCGCCACGGCCGGCACACGAGCCCCGGGCCCCCACUCCCAGCUGCACCUCAGUUGCCCUCGCGGAGACCGUCUUUGUGGUGGGGGACAUGCUUUCCGUUAGUGAGGGGCGUCCGGCGCCGAUCCGGCUGCGUGCUGCUGUUGGUGCUCCGUGGGAGGCUCCCGACCUUUCCCUGGGGGACGCGUGAACGGCCUCUGCUCCCUCAGGCCUCCGUUAUGCGGGAAGGAGGCGUCCGCACCUCCUGGGGCCCUGCGUUCCCGAACCUGAAAAUGUGACUUGGGAGCAAGCGUGAGCGCCGCCUCUCUGGCCCUGCUCUUCCCGGGAGCAGCAUUCCCGUGAAGGCCCCGCUUCAUCGGGGCGGCGUGGCCUCCUCGCUCCAAGAGCAGAACUCCCGUGCCUCCCGUGUGGCUUGGUGCACGGCUCCCCCUUCAGUGCCCUUUCCCAGACUUACACCUCAGUGCCGUCCCAUUUCCUUAGAUCUGGCCAGAAAUUCAGGGAAGGGCUUAAAAAAAAUUCUUGAUUAUGCAAAUGAAGUCAGCCUGUGCAAAGAUGCUGAACUGGCAUUAAUCUUGGCCUAGAAUCUGGGUUUUCCUCUGCUCUCUGCAGACCGUUGGAACGCUGCAAGCCGGUCCCUUCCAAGUGCCUCAUCUGCUGGUUGCCCGUAGCCACAGAUGGCUCCUCAUUCGUUCUGAUGGGCCAGCAGACUUCCGCUUUUUCUCCGUGCGUCCCGGGCGAUCCAGGCGUACCUCAUGUGCUGAGCUCAGGCAGGCCAGAAGCUGAGACUUUCAUGCUGGGCCCCUUUCUCCCAGAGAUGUGUGCCUUCAACAUAAUUUUGGAAACCACCAACCCCCACUUCCCUUCUGAAAAAUAAUGAAGAAAUAAAGGGCUUUUUCUUAUUUAAA